GUGUUGCCACAGUCGGGGUGUGCUGCCGGUCGCCUUCAUCCAUCACCGAGGGUUUGUGAUAAAAUCGUGUCUUAAAACUUAGUCGUUCAGUGGUUCUUCUUUUCGCCAAGUUGUGAUCAACCUCGUGUCUCACCAACGGUUUUGUGUCCUGUGCAAGAAGAGUUCCUUAGUUCUACACAACACUAGUGCUUUAUAAUUUUAUAUUAUAUCCAAUUUAUUCCAGUAGUUCUUAGAUAAAUGUGGAAAUGCUCAGCAAAUAUGUCGGAUUACUCUCUUUAUCAGUUGUGUUGGGAUGAGGAAAAACAGUGAAGUGGGGGCACCCCCUGGCCCAAGAUGAGUAUGUUUCAUCAUAAUGCACCGCGCCCGCCAGUAGUUCCAGGUGAGGAAACUGAGGGAAUCGAGAACAAAAUAGUUAACGUGGGAGUUGUUAAAGCCCACAAUCCAGCUUUAACACCUCGUACAUCUAGUCUAUACCAACAUUCCAUUAAUGAUGGAAUUGCACCUCUUGGUUUUGAACCAGAAGGAAGUAGUGGGUCUCCACACUGUGGUGAACAAAGCUCCAUGCUGUGUGGAGACAUUCGUCCUCAUUGCGGUAACCAUUCUCCACCAGGUUAUCUCAAAUGGGCUAGAAAUCUACCAUCCCUUCUGGCCGAUCCGGCCGGCGUGGAGCUUUUCAGGCAAUAUCUCCACCAAGAGGGAAAAUCGCACAGUGACGCACUUGACUUCUGGUUCGCCUGCGAGGGCCUCCACAAGCAGUCCGACCCCGACCGGGUUACACAGUUUGUCAAAGUUAUUUAUAGGAGAUUCUUUAUUAAGACCCAGUUAAUGGGCAUUAGCGAAUCUCAUCGUAAGGCUGUGCAUAGAAGGCUCAAAGACUCUAACUCAAUAUGUGACAAGUCAGUGUUUGACAGUACGCAGGCUCAGAUCGAGGCCCUCAUCACUGAAACGACCUAUCCUAAUUUCCUUAAGUCUGAGCUCUACCUCAACCAUGUACAGUCCAUGCAGAACGGAUCUGGGGAGAGUUCUGGUAGCAGUGAACAGGGUAUGCACAGCGGUGCUAACCCAUUGAUGCUAGCAACACUCCAUGAAGACCAAAUACUGGAUACUUCUGCUAAUCCAUCAUUUGGUCCACUUACCAAAGAUAUGCUUAUUUUCACACAACGACGAAGAGCUUCAGAGACCUCCAAACCAGAAGUUUUUGCUGGUAUGUUCUUGUAUCCUGGAAAGGCUGGUCCUGGACGUGCCUACUCAUCAUACAACCCGGUUUCCAGGCAAGAUUCAGAAUUGCAAUCUCUUAGUUCAGACGCACGGACAGAGUCGGACAACAUGUCACUCACCGAUAGCUCUGUGGAUGGUAGGCCGUUCAACGCGAAGAUGACAAGAAAACAGUUUCAGAAGCAUUGCAGACAAGUCAAGGAAUCUGCGAAUCUUAAUAGAGAUCCAUACAUGCAUCAUAUCGUCAUCCCACGAACCCAGCGUAUGCAGAAGGACCAGGUACAUCCCAUGAAGCCUGAACGAUUUGCUGCUAUUCUAAUUGAAAAAUUGGAAAGUGUGAAACGAAGUCAGGAUGUACAAGAAAAAUUAGCGCACAAACUUUUAGAGGCAGAAGACGGUGCCCCAUCUGCAAAGAGUCUGGCAGAUGCUAUCAGGGAAAGGUUCCAAGUGGAAGAUGACAACGAUCAGGACAUUUUAGAUCAGCAUGUUUCAAGAGUUUGGUCCGAUCAGACCCCUUCAAGGACACCAGGGCUUACCUCGCCACGGCCAAAAUCGCCCGACCCACUAAGAAGGAAUCGUGCUGUUCCACCAACGAUUAAUAAGAUUUGUGUGAGUGGAGGCGGAUCAGCAAUGGCGGUCAGCUACUCUCAAAACCCUUAUACGAUAUCUCACCCGUACCAGGCAAGAUUGUACAAUUCGAGGCAUGUUCGUAAAGACAAGGAUAUUUUUUCAACCUUCAGCUCAGAUUCAGGGAACGUCCACGAUUUUCCAGAAAGUAUCGAUCAAAAGUUGCAUAUGCCAAAGAGUAAAUCGAUGCCCGAUUAUGCUGAAUCGACUGAUUCUUCUCUUCCAAGCCACGAUGGUAGAUUUAUAAGAGGUAGUCGAGAAUGGUUUGCAAGCAGUCGGAAAUACAAUAAAAAGCCUGAGUUAACAGAUAGUGGAGUGAGUGUUGUUUCUGAGUCUGCAUCGAGUCAUAGUGCCCUCUUAUCGAAUAAAGACAACAGGGUCAUGUCGUGGUUGAUAGAAAGCGACAGGACAGGCUGUUGUUCUCAUUCAGAGCGAGAUUCAGAACGGGCUUCUUCUUGCAGUGGAGGAUCUAGAUACGAUGGGAAACACCAUGCACGCCCGAACCCAGUCAGGGGCAGAAGAUCACCACCAUCAGGGCCAGCUCAACCGUUCAUUGCAGAUCCGAGUAUGCCUCCUCUCCCAUCUCCGCACACGCCUACACAACUCGAUGAGGCAAGGAGGAGAUUGGAAGAUCAAGCCCGGUGCAAACAAAAUCGGCAAAGUUUCAGAUGUGUCCAGAUGGGAAAGGCUGAACCUCCGCUCUCCGGUACGUCAACUCUGAGAAAACCGAAGAGUUCAGACAUGUACACGACAGUCGUAUUUUCAUUCUGCGAUGAGCAGUUUCCUUAUAGGACAAAAAUUCCUGGCCACUCAAUCACUUUGAAACAGUUCAAAGAAUUCCUUCCGAAGAAAGGCAAUUACAGGUACUUUUUUAAGACUGAAUGCGAAGAUUUGGACGUCCGUGUUAUACAAGAGGAGAUCACGGACGACAGCGAAGUGUUGCCCCUUUGGGAAGGCAAAGUGAUGGCGCAGGUGAAACCACUCGAAUGACAUCAUGACCCCAGUGAAGCGUUACUCCUCAUUGUCUUGGCAAAAUACAUUUCGGGCAGGCCUCAUAAUAUGCCAAGCCGUGAAGUAACGACUUCGACAGGAAGCUAAAAAGUUGUUCCAAGUCUUCCAAGUCUGAUUUAAUAUUAAAUUGAUAUUAGUCUUUGAAUUUUACAAA